AAUGACGCUUAUCUGGUUAACUUAUGAAAGCAAUUAUACUAUUAUACAGACAAUUAAAAUCUCAAUUUUAUCUUUCUUGAUAAACAAUGCCAACAUAUUAAUUAAAGUAAUUAGAUGAUACAGAUUUGAUAAUAAAAAGCCAUUUUAUAAUUUCUUAGAUUAUUAAAAAACUGAACAGCUAAGUAAGGACAAUAUCAGUUGUGAAACAAAAUGGAUCUGCGUAUAUGCGCAAUGUUGUUGGUGUUUGUCGUAUUGUCUCAGAGUGCAGAGGAUGAAGUCGGCAUUCCUCAUUGUGUGGAUAUCGUAUUUGUGCUGCAAAAUUCCUGCAAUUUGAAACAGCAUAGAUAUGUUGAUGCAGCAGAAUUAUUUAUGCAAAGAGCAGCCGAUAAACUAAUUGACACCAAUGGAAGGGCCAAGCUCUCCUUGAUCACAUACAGCAAGGAUGCAGAAGAGAUAAUUCACAAAAAGACAGCAGCUGAAUUUAAAACUGCACUCACUCAAACAGAUAUCCAUGGAGGAACUACAUGUAACUACCUUAAAGCUGAAACAUACAAGGCCCUCAGCAUGGUACGCAAUGGAACAUAUUUUGAUGAUGUACAGGACAAAGAUGGAAAAACAAUACCAAGGGGAAAGUUUGUAGUGGUUCUUACAGAUGGGAUCUCAUUUGAUCGCAAGAGCAACAUGGCAGAGGCAUUGUCCAAAACAAAGGAACAAAUAGAGCUCUUACGUGGGUCUCAUGGUGGUAUAAAGUAUAUCACUUUGCAUUUUGAUGUCACUCAACCAGGGGAUACAAGACUAGGGAAUGUAGAGAUCGAUGCAUAUGACCCUGUCACACGCCUAUCUCUGACAGAAUCAGACCCACUCCCUGCUCUAAUGCUAUCACUAUCAAAAUAUAUUUGUGAAAAGAAAGAUGUGCCAGUGAGCUGUAACAAUACUCUUGAUAUUGUCUACAUCAUGGACAGAUCCAAGAGCAUCAACGUUAAAGAUAUUAAGUUUGUCAAACAGUUCUUCAUCGAUCUCACUGAAAAACUCAUGUCAGCUGCACCCGACACUAAUAUAGGAGCUAUAUCUUACUUUGGACAAAUCAUACAUGAGUUCAAACUUGGAGAGUUCAAGACAAAAGAAGAAGUCAUUGAAGCUAUUGGACUGAUACCAGAAAAAACUGGUAAAUACACACAUACCAACUAUGCACUUGAGAGAGCUCGCACACACAAAGAUUACUUUGGAAUAGCUAGAGGUAAAGAGCCAGAUGGAAUUAGGAACAGAAAAGAGUUUGGUGAUGUCAUUGUUUUAUCUACUGAUGGUCGCACAUGGUUACGUUAUGGAGGGAAGAAUGAGCAUGUUACACCAACACAGGGUAAGCUGAAUGUAAAAGCAGGUAUACAACAGGUUAUCAUAGGCCUACCUAACGCAAAUGAUUUAAAGGAUGGCAUUAUUGAAUGGGAAAAAGUGCAACCUAACCCUAACCUGAUUUUCAAUCUGCAAACAGAAGAUUAUACACCUGAAAGUUUUAAGAAACUUUUGACUAUCACAUCAGAGAUUUCAGCAACUGCAUGUUCUGCGACGAAGAAUGAGUUAGUGGUUGGAUAGCACUUACAUGAAAUCACUUGACAGAUCAUUGGAACAAAGACAUGAAAGACUGAAAAAACUGUUAAAAUUCUAAUAUUAAAUAAACAAUUUCUUGCUUGAAAAUGAUUAUGCAAAGCAUUGUUGUUGUUACUCCAAGAAAUUGAAUUCUUCCACAAAAUAUAUGUUCUCCACUCAGAAAACAUUUGUUAGGGGUCAGAACAAUAUUUUGAUAACAAUGGAUUGGCCUUGUGAGAUGUUUACAAUGUUUACAUGUGAACCACAUAUUUUUAAUAUGAAACUUAUACCUGAGGUUUAAAAAUGAGGUACAUAUAUUUUUUUUUAUAAAAUGUUCAUGAUAUAAUUAUGUUUCAAAAAUACAUGUGUAGCAAAAAGGAGGGGUCACUGACUUCAUUAUUUGCUUGAAUCUAGAAAGCAUUUUCAUUCCAUUCCCAUGUUGGGAUAUAGGAGAGUAAGGGUUUAAAAGGUAAAUUAUAUAUCCAAACUG